AUGUCGAUGGGUGACGACGGCAUCCAUAAAAUCAUGCCUAUCACCACAGAUUUGGUCUGUCUGCAAACCAGCUCUCAAAUCAAAUUCUUGAACCCAAAGACAACACAACUUGCAACAGUUGAAUGGCCAUAUGAUGUCCCUCUCAGCAAUUGUGAAACAGCAUUUGGACAAACUAUCUCUGAAAUAGCAACACCUCAAGAGCUGCUGGUUGUGUUUGACUACCACACUCAACAAUUCCAAACCAUAAAGUGCCCUCCAUCUCCAACCUUCUUUAACCCCACUUAUCCUUCUCAUAUGAAUCUCCAAGUGAAAAUAUUGGACUUCCAGGGGACUAUGUGUGUAAUAGAUGAGUACCAGAUUACUCAGAAUCAUCACUGUGAGAUGUGGGCAUGGGAUCCGGAUACUUCCACAUGGGAUUGUAUAUUUGAGACCCAUGAAUUCCCAAAUGUGAACACACACGUUCCACAUGGAUUACAUUUCCGUCAUGAUUGGCUUUAUCCAGUGUUUCUAAGCCACAAAUCAUCUCCAGUGGGACAGUUCAUUCUCAAAGGAUACGAUAAUCGACAUUUGCUGUUGUAUAGUGUUCCUACCAGGAAAAUCACACACUCAAGUACAUUGCUGGAUCUAGAAACCAAUUUCAUCAUCAGAGCAUGUUACUUCUGGGAGUCAUUAACACACUUUUAG